AUGGCAGGGAACAGGUGCGGGGCGUGCGGGCAGGAGCUGGAGUCAGACAACCUACUGAGAAUCCAUCUGUAUCGCAAUGACACGUGCAGGGACACGCUGCUCGAGAGGCUCGAGAGUAGGGCGGUGGAGGCGUUGGCGGAGGCUUUGGCCGAGAACGUCGCCGACGUGAGGCGGUUUGGGGAGGAACACGCGCCGGACGACAUGGUGCCGUGGCUCAAGGCAGAGAUUGAGGUGCGGGGCCCCGGAGGAAGGUCUCAGAUGCUGGAACUGCUGUACAAGGACACCAAGCUGGCGGAACUGCCGGAGGAGGAUUCUAUGGUGCUGGGUGUCAUCUCGUACAGCGACAGCACUUACGCGUCGGGGAACAGACGCCUACAGGCAUGGCCAAUGUUGAUGGGUUUGGUCAAUGUCCCGGAGGAGUUACGGUGGCGUGAGCCUGGGCACGCGCUAGUGGGUGUGCUCCCUUUUCCGCCGGAGUGGGCAUCGGCGACGGAGAAGACGCGGGUGUAUCAGGAGGCGUAUCGCAUCGUGAUGGGUCCGCUCAUGCGUGAGAGCCGCGAGUAA